AUGUCUGAUUGGGGGCCAGCUGUGCUGUUCAUCCUCUUAUCUCCAGGACUUAUGUUUCAAUUGUCAGGGAAAAGUAAAGUGAUGGAGUUUGGGAACUUUCAGACCAGUGGCAUCUCCAUACUGGUCCAUGCAGUCAUCUUCUUUGCUCUCAUUGUCAUCUUUCUUCUUGCAGUUGGUGUCCACUUGUACAUUGGCACUUAGUUUUAUAAGUAUCUGGUUUUUGCUUAUCUGCUCAUGAACUAAUUAGUCUCACUGUUAUUUGUUCU